AUGGCGUACUCUUCAUUAUUGCUCGUUAUUUCUGCUGUGAUUUUUGCAUGUUAUAUUUCUUAUGGCCGUCUUUCCAAAAAGGUCAAAAUACCUGAUGGCGCCAAGUCAUUGCCGGGUCCAAAAGGAUAUCCGGUCAUUGGUUCAGUUCCUGAUCUCGACCCAAAGAAUCCAUGGAUGAAGAUGGUGGAUUGGAGUAGGGAUUAUGGUGCCAUUUUUCAAGUCAACCUAAAUGGAGACAACACUGUCUGGAUUACCUCUCACAAAAUUUGUGAAGAACUGUUUGUCAAGAGAGGAGCCAUCUACUCGGAUAGACCAUUCCUUGCGGCUAUUGGAGAUGAUUGCAGAUACAGCAAUAGAUAUAUUCCUCUUGUUACCUACGGAGAGGACAUGAAGCGUAUAAAAAACUGGAUGAAAAACACCAUGUCCAGUAUGCCACCCGAUCGUCUCAAGGCACUUUCUCAAAAAGGCGCCGCAACAUUCGUUACCCGCCUAGUCGCCGAGCCCCACCUCUUUAAACAAUUCUGCGAAGAAUGUACAGCCCAAAUCUCCGGUCAAAUGGCCUGGAACGAUUCUCGUCUUUCCACCGCCAAAGAAACCAUCAUGCGAGCCAACCAACUUCUCCGCCGCAUCUCCGCCGACGGUGACAUCCAAAACAAACUACCCUUCCUCCGCAAAUUUCCAGAAUGGGUUCCAGAUUUUCUGCAACCAUGGAAAGUCGAAGAACGCGUACGUUUUCUACGAGAGAGAAAUUUCUGGUUUGGGCAAAAAGAGGCAGUGAGGAAGUCGCUUCAAAGUGAGAAGCCGAAUGCUUCUUGGAUGGCGAGACAUCUUACAAUGCCUACUACUCCUAAUCUGGAUGAGGAUAAUACGUACUCGGUGGGUAUGUUGGCUUUGAUUGGUAGUAUCCUCACGUCGUCACCUAUCCAAAGUUUCUUUCAUGCUAUGAUUGUUAGCCCGGAGUGGCAACGUAAGGGACAAGAGGAAGUAGAUAGAGUGUGUGGGGAACGACCACCGACUUAUGAAGAUAUUCAAAACAUGCCUGUAGUGAGGGCAAUCAUCAGGGAGAUAUUCAGGUGGAGAAGUCCAGCUCCUGCAGGGGUUCCUCAUGUCCUCACACAAGAUGACAUAUACGAAGGCUACUACAUCCCCAAAGGCACUACCUGUUUUGCCCUCGAAUGGGGUCUAUGCCGAGACCCGGUCCUCUACCCCGAUCCCGAGAACUUCCGCCCGGAGCGCUGGCUCUCUUCCGAAUAUCCCACAUACCGAGAACCACUUACUCAUUGGCCCUCGAUCAAAUCCCAGCAUGGAUUUGGCUGGGGAAGACGCGCUUGCAUCGGACAGGAUUAUGUAGAGAUGGUGCUGUUUACAGUUAUAGCGACGAUAUUGUGGAGUGUAGAUAUUAGGAAGAAGAAGAAUGAGAAGGGUGAGGAUAUUGAGGUGCCGUGGUAUGAUUAUACGGCCUAUGUUAUUGUUAGGCCGGAGUGGUUUGCUUUUGAUGUUGUGGAGCGGAGGGGCGAAGGGCCGGAUGCACCGAUCAGAGCUGAGUUGUUGAAGGGUAAUGCGGAUAUGGAGAUGGUUAGUGGGGAGGAUGGAAUGUUUAAUGGGAAAGCGGUUGGAUAUGAGAAGAGAGAGAUUUCGUUAAAAUGA